AUGGACCAUAUAGCUGAGCAGGAGCCUGCAGAGCAGCAAGUGGCAGAGCUUCAGGCAUUAAUGAGCCAGCUGGUUAAGGACAAGCAGGUGGAAGAGAGCAGGCAGCUCACAGGAGAAGCUUUGGCAUUAGUUAAGAGGCUUGAGGAGAGAGUAGCAUCUUUGACUGAGAAGAUAGAGAAGAAGAGAGGCGGUGGCUACUCGUCUGGGCAGGCAGGUGUUGUGCAUUUCCACAAUGUGCUGGAGUUGGUGAACAAGACUUUGAGUUCUGCAGCAAAGGAGAAGAAGGAAGAAGAGGGCAAGAAGAACAACAAUGGGGAUGGGAAACUGUCAAGGAGCACAGAGGUCUCCUUGCACUGA